CUCAAAUUCCUCUUCUGUAACUGAGAAGUUGACUGUGUCUUCAAAAAUUUCAGGAAUGCACAUCCAAACAAACAUGUGUGGGCAUGGCCUGUUAUUCCAACAAACGGUGCAAAUGGAAGGUUGUAUCUGUUUGUCAUCUGUUCUCGUCACAUGUGCUACCACGACUUCAAAUCCAGCCAGGAAUCCGUAGAAUGAGAAAAAAUGAAUCAGGUUCCCCUGUGUUCCAUCCUCAAUCUGAAUUCCAUCUUGUUCUGUAUCAUGACUUGUACUCAAUGUCUCUGGCCUUCUUGUACUUCCUUCUUCAACCUAUCAUCAAUUAUUUGUUUUUGCCAUAUUCAAGCAUGAUUCUUCUGGUACCAGGUUUCAAGUUUAUGAUUUCUGUUUGUUGGUCUAAUUGAGAAGAGACACGAUAGGAUCUGUGAAGUAAAGAAAGUUUACAAGUAAGUAAUAAGCUUACCUCUGGAUCUUCCAUCUCCUCUUUUAAUUAUCUCAGUUGUCUUCCCCGAAUCCCCCUUUGUCCUCAGGUUUUGCUUUUGCCCAUUGCUUGAUUUCCUCGCUGUAUCUGAGAUCUGAUCGCUGACUGCUUCUUGGAGGACAAGUUUAUGUUUCUAUUUUCCUCUUUCCUUUUUUGCCCCCUUCUUUUUCUCUUGGGCCUGUAUUUGUUAUCUUUGCAGGCCCUGUUAAAGUUUUUACUUGGGCUUGUUUUAAUAUUGCUUUGCAUGGGCC